AUGUUGUCUACCUAUUUAAUAAUCGCUAGUUUCUGCUGUUUAUUGGUGUUGUGUUUUGGACAACAACAACCAUCGACAUGUCAGGAUCAAGGUGAUGGUAAUUAUGGUUGUUUUGAUAUUAGUACACAAGGUAGUUGUGUAGAAGUAACAAAUGAACCAGCAACCUCCGAUCAACGUUGGCCACUUGGUGGAAUAGACUUAAAUCUUGAUUGGGCUAUUAAAUGUGGCAAGAUUGUUGCAUACAAAAUUCAAUGGUUUAACGGUGGAUGGUCCGGUUGGUUUGUACCAGGCAUAAAUGAUAUGGAUCAAAAAGUUAAUCCUAAAAAUGGUCUACGACGUUGGUGGGGAUACUUUUAUGAUCAUACACAUACAUAUAUUAUUUGUAAAACAAAUAAUAAUAAUAAAUUAAAUGGAUGUCAAUAA